AUGGAGACUCUGUACCGAAUCCCGUUUACAGUGCUGGAAUGUCCCAACCUGAAGCUGAAGAAGCCGUCCUGGCUCCAUAUGCCCUCAGCUAUGACGGUGUACGCCGUGGUGGUGGUCUCCUACUUCCUCAUCACUGGAGGGAUUAUUUAUGAUGUGAUUGUGGAACCACCUAGUGUCGGAUCCAUGACAGAUGAACAUGGACACCAAAGACCGGUAGCUUUCCUGGCCUACAGAGUGAAUGGUCAGUACAUCAUGGAAGGACUGGCAUCGAGCUUCCUUUUUACCAUGGGAGGUUUAGGAUUCAUUAUUCUGGAUCGAUCCAAUGCACCAAAUAUUCCAAAGCUGAACAGAUUCUUGCUGCUUUUUAUUGGAUUUGUUUGUGUUCUGCUCAGCUUCUUUAUGGCAAGAGUCUUCAUGAGGAUGAAGUUGCCAGGAUACUUGAUGAGCUGA